AUGAAAGGCUCCCGAGUCACCAGCAGCCCCUCCGGGGGCACCCCGGAUGGCAUGGACCUGAGCCUGACCGGCCUGCCCCCACCUAUGUCCCGACGCCCCAACAGCGCCUCUGCCACCAAGCCUUUUGCCCGCUCUGUCUCCAUGACCACAGGCAGCGAGCCCAGGAGGAAGGCACUGGAGGUCACAGGGCCCAAGGGCUCCCGUGCCAUCAACAACCUUCGAAGAUCUAAUAGUGCCACACAAGUCAACCAGCCACAAGUCAACCAGCCAUGGGCCGGCGCUCUCAGGGCGGCGGAGCCCCCUGAUUUCCUGGCACUCUUUGAGAGCAGCACCACGGGGAGAAAGCAGACGGCCAACCUGGGCCGCGCGCCCUGCGAGAAGGCAGCCACGUGGCACGUGCUGGACGACCAGCCCCGAGAGCCUGCCUUGCCGCCUGGCACCCCCGACCCACCAGCCGGCCUGCGGAGGAGAGAGUGCUCCGUGAGCCUGGCUCCCAACUUCACUGCCAACAACAGGAGUAACAAGGGAGCCGUGGGCAACUGUGUCACCGCCAUGGUGCACAACCACUGCCCGCCUGCUGAGAAGACGCCUCCGCCCAAGAGCUCCAACCAGACGGUCCCCUGCCUCAACAACAUCAUCAAGGCCGCCGCUGACGAAGUCCCUGAGGGUGACAGCUCUGGGAAGCCACAGAAGAACGUCCGCAGCAGCUGCCGGAGCAACACUGGGGGUGUGCUCAGGACGAAGGAGGUGACGGAGGAGGAGGCUGAGAGGUUCAUUCACCAGGUGAACCAGGCUGCCGUCACCAUCCAGUCCUGGUACCGCCGCCAGGUGCAGCAGCGCAGAGCACGAGCGGCCGGCCUGGAGCUCCUGCUGGCGUCCAAGCGAGAGGAGCGGCGGCGGCAGGCCCCGGGGAGCAUUCUGGGCCUGUCCCAGCAGAAGGUGGAGGCGAGGAGGAGAACCCGAGAGGAGAAGGCACGCCAGGCCAGGCGGGCGGCUGUUCAGGAGCUGCAGCAAAGACGGGCCCAGAAGUCUGCCGAGGCUGAGGCCGGGCCACCUCAGGAGCCCCGAGGGAUGGGGAGGCCCAGGCCUGCCCGGGAGCAGCCCCUGACACCCCAGACCGUGGCCCCUCACGCACCCAAGGCCAACAACACGAGGGCCCAGUGCUGCCCUCGGGAGGGGGUGUCCUCUGAGCAGCCCCUCAGUUAUGACUCUGUGUCGCGUCGUGCAGCGCCCCGCUCCCACGCUGCCGGCCUCGAGCAACCCGGCCCACCGGCUCGUGACCCGCCUCCUCGAGACCCGCCUCCUCGAGACCCGCCUCCGGAGCCCUGUUCCUCUCCAGAAGUGACCCUACAGGAAGCCCACACCCAGGACGUGGCCAGCAAGGACCCGGGGACGAGCGGCCCCACCAGGACUGGUGUCACCUUUGAUGAGCUGCUGGACACGCUGCGGCUGCUGGAGGCAGAACCCGAUCCGCUGCCCCGGCCGCCAGCCUAUCACCAGGAGAAGUACGCGUGGAUAGACGAGGAGGAUGCCGCCAGCUCCCUGACGGCGGACAACCUGGAGAGGCUCGGACAGCUCGGUGCAGCUGCCGGCCCCCCCGACGACGGGACGCUGCUCUCGGAGGCCAAGCUGCAUAGCAUCCUGAGUUUCCUGGACGAGAUGGAGCUGUCGGCAAGGGGGCGGCCAGCCGCAGGCCCCCAGCAGGAGGGGCUGGUGCUGGGGGCAGAGCCGGCCGGCCUCGAGCGUGCGUCCACGGGCACCACAGCCGUGAUGCGGCUGCGGCUGGAGGUGGAGGAGAAGCGGCAGGCCCUGACUCUGCUGCAGCGCGCGCUGGCGCAGCAGCGGGCCCUCAUGAUGCGGCGGGUCAAGGAGGCAGAGAAGGAGUUGAGGCAGCAGCUGCGGCGGCAGCGGGAGCACUACGAAGCCACCAUCCAGCGGCACCUGGCCUUCAUCGACCAGCUUAUCGAGGACAAGAAGGCCUUGGGGGAGAAGUGUGAAGCGGUGGUGGCCGAGCUGCGACAGGGGGACCACAGGUGGCAGGAGAAGGCUGCCCAGAUGCAGGCGCAGCACGAGCUGGAGCUCAAGAAGCUCAAAGAGCUGAUGGGCGCAACCGAGAAGGUCCGUCGGGAGAAGUGGAUCAACGAGAAGACCCGGAGGAUCAAGGAGAUGACGGUCAAGGGCCUGGAGCCCGAGAUCCAGAGGCUGGUCGCCCAGCACAAGCAGGAGGUCAAGAAGCUGAAGAGCCUGCACGAGGCGGAGCUGCUGCAGGCGGAGGCGCGGGCUGCUCAGCGCUGCGAGCGCCAGGCCCAGGAGCUGCGGGGGCGCCUGGAGCAGGAGCAGGCGGCGCUGGGGCAGCGGGAGCGCGAGCUGGCCCGGCAGCGCUUCGAGCAGCACCUGGAACAGGAGCAGCGGGCUCUGGGGCAGCAGCGGCAGAGGCUGUAUGGCGAGGUGGCCGAGGAGCGGGAGCGGCUGGGCCAGCAGGCAGCCAGGCAGCGAGCCGAGCUGGAAGCGCUCAGGCGGCAGCUGGAGGAGAGCAAUGCCGCGGCCGGCCAGGCCUUGCGAGCCGAGUUUGAGAAGGCGGCCGAGGAGCAAGAGCGCAGGCACCAGGUGGACCUGCAGACCCUGAAGGACCAGCUGGAGGCAGAGCGCCAGAUGUGGGAGGCCAGCUAUACCAAGAAGGAGGAAGCAUGGCUGUUGGCCCGGGAACGGGAGCUGAAGGAGGAGCUCCGGAAAGGCCGGGACAAGGACAUCGAGCUGGUCAUCCAGCGUCUUGAGGCGGACAUGACCCAGGCCCGGGAGGAGGUGGAGCGGGCCGCCGAGAGCCGAGUCAAGCGCCUCCGGGACAAGUUUGAAGCGGAGCUGUCGGAGCUGGAGCGGUCGGAGCGGCGGCUCCGGGAGCAGUGCUCGGAGCUGAAGGGCCGCCUCGGGGAGGCCGAGGGGGAGGCUGUGCGGCUGCAGGGGCUGCUGCGGCUGAAGGAGCAGGCGCUGGAGGACGCCAGGGCGGUGAACCAACGGCUGACAGGUGAGCAGAGCGGCCUGGCCCAGGUGGUCCGGCAGGAAUUUGCCGAGCGGCUGGGAGCCACAGAGGGGGAGAAUCAGCGGCUCAAGGCACAGCUGGAGCGGCUGUCGCGGGAGAAGCAGGAGGAGCUGGAAGAGGUGCACCGCAGGGUCAAGAUGGCCCUGGCCAGGAAGGAAGAGACUGUGAGCGCCCUCCGGAAGCAGCAUGAGGCUGCGGUGAAGCGGGCUGACCACCUGGAGGCGCUGCUGGGGCAGCACGGGCCCGACCUGAGCUCCGCUGAGGAGGUCCCUUCUGACAACACGACCGAGGGAGAUGAGCCACCUCCGCAGGCUCCCAGGGGCACCCAGUCAGCACCCUGGAGCCAUGGUGCCGGGGCCUCGGCUGGGCCUCGGCGGCGCCGCUACUUCCUGCGGAUUCUCUCCUUUGUGAUCAUGUCCGAAAAUUCUAGAGCAGGAGAAAUCUUUGUGGUCCUCUAG